GAGCCGCCACGCUCGCUCGCUCGCUCGACCGGCAGCGCUCGAGGAGAAGGGCUAUAUCCUGCAAGAACAAACACGCUCUGGAAUUUUAUUCCCGGGCUUUCCACCCCGUGGGCUGAGCAAAGAGCUAAGCUGAAGAGCUCGUUUUGCAGCAAGAAGGCUGAGAGAGCAAUGGAAGCGCCUACAGCUCCCAGAGCCCAGGAAAUCGUUCUCUAAAGCACACGCUCCCAGUCACUUAUACAGCUUUGGACGGACAAGACUUCUCAACAUCGUGAUUCGCAGCCAAGAACAAGGCAGAAAGUUCUACAGCAGCUUCAUCAAUUUGAGGAAGAAAAAAAAAAAAAAGGAACUAAGCAAGCUUCAGGAUGACCUCAUCUGCCACAAGUAAUAUGUCUUUUAUUUUCCAAGACUGGCUAUGUGAUUACAGUAGCAUCUGGGAGAAAAGAAUGAUCUCCUGGUGAUUACAGGAGAUGUACCUGGCUACUACAAAGCUUGUGUUUCUUCUCAGAAGCUUAAAAGUGAAACAAAAAAUUAUCAAAGCACAGGGGUCAAAUACAUCUGCAAGUCUUCCUGGAAUUUAAAAAGUUACAAUAAAGACACCGGAGAAAGCUACAAAGUCACAGGAAUUCAGACUUUUAUUUUACACAGAUCAUUAUGAUGGAUUUAUUACUUCGUAGUAAGAAACUGGCCAUUUGGAGACAUUCUUUGCAAGAUUUCAGUCACGCUGUUUUAUACAAACAUGUAUGGAAGCAUUUUAUUUUUGACUUGCAUAAGCGUAGAUCGCUUUUUGGCUAUAGUACACCCCUUUCAGUCUAAGACGCUGCGAACCAAAAGAAAUGCAAAAAUUGUCUGUGCUGCAGUUUGGAUAACUGUGUUAGCAGGAAGCACGCCAGCAAGCUUUUUUCAAUCUACAAACCGCCGUAAUAACACAGAACAAAGAACAUGUUUUGAAAACUUUUCUGAGGCCACAUGGAAAACCUACCUAUCCAGGAUUGUUAUCUUCAUUGAAAUUGUUGGAUUUUUUAUUCCACUGAUCUUGAACGUGACCUGCUCCACUAUGGUCCUGCGGACUUUGAAUAAACCACUUACAUUAAGUCGGAAUAAAUUAAACAAGAAAAAGGUACUUAAAAUGAUUUUUGUCCAUUUGGUGAUAUUCUGCUUCUGUUUUGUGCCAUAUAACAUUACGUUAAUACUUUACUCUCUUAUGAGAACGCAGACGUUGAUUAAUUGCUCAGUGGUAACUGCAGUCAGGACGAUGUAUCCCAUCACUCUAUGCAUUGCUGUUUCAAACUGUUGUUUUGACCCUAUAGUGUAUUACUUCACAUCUGAUACAAUUCAAAAUUCGAUAAAAAAGAACAGGUCCACUAGAACACGCGAUUUCAGAUUCUCUGAAAUGCAAGUUUCAGAAAACUUCAUUCAGCACAGCCUUCAGACCAUAAAAAUGAAAAUAUUUGACAGUGACUCAACAAUAUAAACUGUAUUAAAAAGACAAUUGGGACUAAACUGGAAUUAGAAGCCUGCACACUUCUUCAGCUGUGAAAAUAUAUUCUGACAUGUUAACUCUUCUUUCACAUCAGAAAAGUUUAUGACAAAACUGUAAAUAGCAGUUGUAAAAGUGUUAACAGUAUACAGAAGAAAAAUAUUGUAAGAAUUCAUGUCAAAUGUCUUUUUUGACUGGCUGCAUGCCAAAAACACCGAACCUUUGGUUUCGGCUUAGGUUGUCAAAGUCCACAGGUUAUUUGUCAAGUCAAAACCAAAUAAAAAAAGCUCUUUCCCAAAGUUAAAAUAAAUACGCCUUUUUAAUCGUUG